AUGAAAUUCAUCGAUUUCUUAUCAGAAGAAUACGUUUUUAAGCCACAAACUAAAAACGAAUACGUUUCUGACUUCAUGGAGAAUUUUUUUACGAAAUCUCCCAUGGAAACAUGCCCAGGCGUAUUUAUAGAUAUACUAGUUAUGCUUGCUGCUCUUGAUUAUGAAGGUUUUGUCCAGCAAUUGCUGCCAAAUGCUCUUCAAAGAACAGAUAUUGUUCAUAACUUAACGUUGCAUGCUCUAUGCCAUAUAUUUACACCUGUUUUUAUUGAAAGAGCAAAGUACACAGAAGCACAGCUCGAAAGAAUCAGAGCAAUUUCACAUUCUUUUGUAAUUCAUGAUUUAUCUGGCUUAGAAAAGAUUCCAAUGGCAGGAUAUGAUCCAUUCUUGAAUACUUUAACCUCCAGAUCAACAGAUGAAGACGUUGAACUGUUUAUUACAAAAAAUAGAUUAACUUUUGAGCCACACCUCUCGCAAGUCAAUAAAUUAUGUACAUUUGGUCCACAAUAUACAUCAAAACUCGCAUUGGCUCAAGUUACAAGCUCAAUUCUGAAGUUUGACGAUGCGAACGAUAAAAUUUUGGCAAAAUCAUUAUUAACGCUUUUGUCAUGUUCAGAUGCUCUUAUACAUCUAGCAGCGCAAACAUCUAUCGCAAAAAUAUUCAAGAAAAACGAUGCUGUUCUUAUUCAACAUUGUUUUGAUAAUAUUUUCAACGGAUCUCCUGAAUUAAGACGUAAUUCAUUAGAUACAAUACUAUUAGUUAUUAAAAACGGAACAAUUUCAACAGAACUCGCUCAAAAAAUCACAAUUUUGUGUAUUGUUUUAUUAUCAAGUAGUUUACGCGACAUAAGGAUCAUUUCAACAACUAUUAUCAAACACAUAGCAAAGAACUGUGAUUUUCAGCUCAUAAAACUGUUUUCUGACAGAAAAGAAUUUAUUGAAGAGGAAGUUAUCAGUUUUCUUAGGAUUUCCAACGUUUCCGAUACAACAUCCAACAUAAAAACCAUCAUAGACGUACCAGAUUGGGAAACUGUCGCUUCUUCGAACUAUGAUUCGAUUUGGAGAUAUUAUUUCUCCACUUUAAUGACAAUAAUCAUCGAAACUAAGCCUGAAAUGCUUGAACAAAUAAGAUCAACAGGCUUAACAAUCAGUAAAGCAGCAUUUACACCCGAAUCAACUGGAAAUGCAGUUACAUAUCUUUCCAUGAUGGUUUCUACGUUUGCUGGCGAGGAUGGAGAUAGUAACUCAGUGAUAGAAAGCUGCGUGGAGUACAUAAAUACCAUUGUUCGCUCAAGAAAUUCAACUCAUAUCACACAUCUCCUUCAAGCCAUGCAUUUGAUGAACUACAAAGUAUUGCCAUCAAUGUUUACCAUCAUUACUCAACUAGAUCCUCAAUUUUACCCAGAAAUAACCGCUGCACUCAGAAAAGUCAUUCAAAACCCGUCAUUCUUCACAAAUAUUUUUUUAAUCGUUUUCAACACAAUUGUUCAAUUUCUGGCAUCACUUCAAAAGUACUUCUUUUCUAAUAAAAUGUGUUCUCCGACCGAAAUGAGAUGGGAUGCGAAAGCAAUUGAGACUGUAAAAGUGAAAAAUGAAAUGUGCAUCAAUUAUUGUACGAUUGUAUCAGCCGUUUUCAACAACAUCAGCGGUAAAGUUACUGAGGAUGAGUGGCCGCUUCCAUCCAGACAGCUAAUGACCCGAAUUCUCAUACAAUGGGUUAAUAUCCCCGGAAAUUUCGAAAAUUUACACGAACAUGCCAUAAAUGCAUUAGUCCCUGUGCUUUGUGCAGGCACGAUCUUCACUAAUGGAUUCGAAUUUGACCCUUCUCUCAUGUGUAAAUUAAUAGAUAUUCAAGCCGAAGGGUAUUUGAUCCUUAAUUUCCUUUUAACGUUCCACGUCGACAUUCUUAUGACCGAGUUCAUCAUCUCCGCGUUCAUAGAACCUCCUCAUACCGCGCAAAUGUUUCAAGAUGCGAUCAUCCAAGCAAUUGAUUACUGUAUGAACAGUACAGCACUUGUUAUGCAUAUAGGACCAAUGGUAUUGUUCGCGAACUCCAUUUUCGACACGAAUUACGAAGGUUCGAUCACGAUUUUCACGAAAUUAGCUGAUGUUUUCAUAAGUGAGAAAUCAACAGUGAUUAUACAAGAAUCACAUGAUGACACAUCAUUUAUUUACACAUUGUUUGAUUUCGCAACAGAAAACGUCAUCAAAUUCGGUUUAAAUAUCUUAAAAGAAAGAGCGAACAGAAAAUUACCUUUGAAAAAAUUAGUGUCUAUUCUUGUACCAUGGUUUUCGAAGAUCAAACUGUUACCUACAAAUUCAAGUAUCUCUAAUGUUGAUCCUUUCUAUCGCAUCUAUAAUGUUCUUUCUUUUAUUGAUGAGAUGUGUUUGACAUCGAAUGUUUUUGAUGAAGAACAAUUAUUGUUGUUUGCAGAAAUUUGGGACAAAAUCAUGUCAAAUCGUGAGAAUUCUAAGAUUGUCAUGAUCUCUUUGUAUAACAAUGAAAGCGAAGAAGUGAAAGCGAAAAUAUUUAAGUUACUUUGUAACAAACAUUCAGAUGUUGUUUGUAAAUUUUUGGCAAAAAGAUGUAGAUUUUCUUAUUGGUAUUUCUGUAUGAUCCAUAAUUUAUCGAUUGAAAGAAUCUUUUGGUCAUUACCUAUAUUGCAGUUAUGUUUCCAAAACCAUAUAGAAAACGCUGCACCUUAUUUCACAACUGUUUUACAUUUUUCUAUUUUGUUUUAUCAUGUUGCGAAAGGUUUGUUUGAUACAUUAAUAGGAAUUGCAGGCGAAGACGUCGGAAUACAAGUAGAACAGAUAUUAUGUACUUCUAGUAUGGAUCAAUCCAAAACUAUUCAUGGAAUCGUAUCAGAAGUUGCCAAAAAAUUGCGUUCAAAUCAUUCAGAAACUGCUGUUGAAACAUGGACAAAUGAAGCAAUGAUUUGGGCAACAUGUUGUAGAUCUUUAAAGCAUGCAACAAGAGCUAUGGUUAUUUUGUCAUCUUUGGAAGGACAACUUGAUAUUUCUUUCAUGACAUUGUUAAAGACAUCAGUGACUUUCCAUUUAUGUGCAACUCCUUUCGAUAAUUAUAGUAAUUUCGGGAAUUACAUGGAAGCUAUUUAUGCAAUUUUAUCAAAUAAUGUUGAAUUUCCUCAAUGUUCUCAAUUUUGUUUUGAAUUCGCUAUAAGAUUUAUAUCGAUUGCUCCUUUCGCGAGAAGAAUUAAUAAGAACGCACUUCCUAUUUUCAUGAAAUACUUCUCAAAGAACCCUGUAGCAAUCACUGAUCAUCCUGAUGUAAUUGUUGUUGCUUUCUUGCCAUUUUUGUCUGAUUUGGAAACAAAUUCAGAAAAUUAUGAGAUUUUGGAGAAUUGUAUUACAACAUUUGAGUCUAAUGAACUGUUAAGGAUCAAGACUAUUUAUGAUCGAUCGAUCAAACAAACGAAAGAAAUUGAAGAAAUCUACAAACAACUUUUAGAUGAAGUAAAUUUAACAACACAAGCAGAAAAACUUCUUGAUUUCUAUGGAAUCAUGUUAGAAGAUUCAUCAGAUGACUUUGCAACAUCUAUUAUCUCAGGAUCUAUUGAUUUACUUAAGAAGUUCAAAGAUUCAUUGAUUCCAGAUCACAUCCAGACAAUAUGUCGAUGUUGUUUGAAACGUGUUUAUUCAGUUCCUUUGUCAGUUGAAUUCAUUUCAUUAGUUUCAGAAUUUAAAUUCAACAUUGUUUCAUUGGAAAGCGAGAUUGAAGCAGACAUUGAUUCUAAUUGGGCCGAUUAUGUUGUUGCAGGAUUGGAUUCAUUGCAUACUCCUCCAACAGAAAGAGUUUUGGCAUCAAUGUACGCAAUCAUAACUAUCUCAUACCGAAAUGGCUCACCAAAAAGGUGA